AGGCCCCACCUUAAAUUUUUUUAUUUUUUUAUUUUUAAAUGAAACCCCACUCCUUUGAGACAUUGUUCUUGUAUGGAGAAGAUCUUCAGUACCAUGAGGAUGAAUUUUGAUAGCUGAUAAUAUCAUUUCACAAAGAUAAAGGGAGGGGGACAAAAUCCCAACAGAGUAAUCAGGCCUUUUGAGAGAGAGAGAGAGAGAGAGAGAGAGAGAGAGAGAGAGAGAGCAUUUGACUAUCUAUACUUGUGAAAAAGAUUUGGUCUUUUGCAUUCACCUCAGUUGGGUAUUUCCUCCUAGUAGACUUUCAACAAGACUCAGAUGGAACAGAUAAUCACAUGGAAGAUGUGUAUAUGUAUAGAGAGAGCUUCUACUGCUGAAAGCUGAGAUGGUAUGAGAAGACAGUUUUUUUCAUGCAUGGCUGGUAAUAGAGUUGGAGCAGAGUCUGGUCUGUCAGACUCAGGACCUUCAAAUCAACACAUAACUUAUGGAAUCCUUCAUGGAAUCGCUCCACCUCCUUCCACCAAUCUCUUUGAUCAGCAUGGAUCUGCCUAUGAAUUUGGGGAGCUGGAAGAAGCUCUCAUGCCAAAACUACUUCAAGGAGCUGGUAUUAGAAGUGAUGAAGACAGGAAAUCAGCUUUUUUCAGCAUCAGGCCUCCUACUCUGGAAAUCUUCCCUUCAUGGCCAAUGAGAUACCAGCAGACUCAAAGGUCAGCUGAGAGUACUGAUUCAGGAUCUGCUCAGAAUACUGUGUCCCACCUAGAACCAGAAUCUCCAAUCAGUAAAAAGGCAUCAGAUCAGUCAUCAGAGCAACCACAGCAGCAGCCACAGCAAGCGGAAAUGGCCAGUGAUGCCUCUAGAUCAGGACCACCAAAUCAGAUACAACCCAAAACCACAGAAAAGAGGAAAGGGGGAGACAAAACAUUAGAUGCCAAGACAUUGAGACGUUUAGCUCAGAACAGAGAAGCAGCCCGGAAGAGCAGACUGAGAAAAAAGGCAUAUGUACAGCAGCUAGAAACAAGUAGAAUAAAGCUUACUCAGUUAGAGCAAGAUCUUCAAAGAGCCAGAUCUCAGGGUCUAUUCAUGGGAGGAGGAGGAGGUGGUGCUGCGGGUGCAAAUAUCAGCUCCGGAGCUGCAAUCUUCGACGUUGAAUAUGCGAGAUGGUUGGAAGAGGAUCAUAGGCACAUGUCAGAGCUCCGAGCUGGGUUGCAGGCCCACCUAUCGGACAGUGAUCUGAGAUUCAUAUUGGACGGUUGCCUGUCUCACUACGACGAGAUCUUCCGGCUCAAAGGCGUAGCUGCCAAGGCUGACGUCUUCCACCUCAUCACAGGAAUGUGGACCACGCCAGCUGAGCGUUGCUUUCUCUGGAUGGGCGGUUUUCGACCGUCGGAACUGCUGAAGAUAUUGAUUCCACAGCUGGACCCACUGACCGAUCAACAGCUCAUGGGCAUCUGUAGCCUCCAACAGUCAUCACAGCAGGCCGAGGAAGCACUCUCGCAGGGCCUAGAUCAGCUUCAGCACUCAUUAACGGACACGAUCGCAAGUGGGUCCCUAAGCGAAGGGACCAACGUUGCAGAUUACAUGGGCCACAUGACAAUUGCCCUAGGGAAGCUAUCCAACCUAGAAGGCUUCGUUCGCCAGGCUGAUAAUCUGAGACAACAGACACUUCACCAGAUGCCUCGAAUCCUGACCGUCCGUCAAGCUGCCCGAUGCUUUCUAGCCAUUGGGGAGUACUAUAGCCGGUUGCGGGCAUUGAGCUCCCUCUGGUCUUCUCGGCCGCGAGAGAGCAUGAUCGUUGAUGACAAUGUGUGCCAAACAUCCACGGAUUUACAAAUGGUCCAAUCUGCCCACAAUCAUUUUUCGAGCUUUUGAUCAAAAUCUGAUGAGAUGACAAUAGGCAUGCACAAGAAAUCCAAUGGCCCACCGAUCUCCGGCCCACCCCAUUUCUUCGAGGAUAUAGGAAGUGGGCCAUGUUGAUAUCUUACCAUUUGAUACAAUUUCAUGUGGGGCCUAAAGAAGCUUUGUACCUAAAGAUGUUGAAAAAAAGAAAAAGAAAUGAUGAAAAUAUAUAUACAUACUUAGGAGUGUAGUGUUUUCUCA